UUGGAAGAGGACUGUGCAAUAGGAGUUGUUCAGUAUGGGAGCCCAUGAGGAAGACUUAAAGCACAUUUAAACUGUCCAAAAGUUGUUGCUAUGAGACAAGGCAAUAGAUACAAAAGGGAAUUAGAAAAAUGGGGCAGAAAAAUGGGGUUGAUGAAAGGGUAAACAUGUAGAUUAAUACAAAGGGCAUCAAAGGAAUAAAUACGGUAGGCGUGCGUCUCCAGGCCUAGACGCAUGAUGGUGUUGUAGAGGGGGACACCCAGUGAUUUCCUAUUCCAGUUGCGUCCUUACGAUGUCGACUGUUUUAACCGUGCCCCGAAUCAACUAUCCUACAGCAGCAUCAAAGAGCUGGAGCACACACACGUACACAUAGCAGAGGAGCGAGGCGCAACGGUGUAGCCUAAGCUGCAAGCCGUUGAAGUCUCUCCCUGCCUUGCCAGUUUCAUUGAACCUGGAUUGUUGCGGUGUAAGACGACCCAAUUGAACUAGUUAUUCAGAAGGUUUCUUCCCUUUCGUCCUUGUCUUGCUUCUUGAAUAUGUGCUGAUAUUGAAGGGGAGAGGGGAAGGUAGAAUGGGCGAAAGCCUCAGUUUCCCUGUGUAACUCUGGAAAUGGAUCCGUCGUUCUCGCAGGGAGACAAAGAUGAUGAGGUUGGUCUGGAAGGGCUGACAGGCAGGAUUGGCUCGGUGAGGAUGCGAGAGCGCCCCCUGUGGGAGCCACGUGGCCUAGCCGCAGAGCACAUCGCCUCCCUGGUGUCGGAGGGUGAGCCCUUCACCUCUCCUCUCUCCCUCCUGCACUCUGCCGGAGGACAGCGUCACUCCUCUAUCUCGUCCUCCGCGGCUGCCGCCGCCCUCGCCGCCGCCAUGACCCUGGAGCAGAAGACCACCUUCGCCCUGGUCUUCUUCCUCUUCGGCUUCCUCCUCAUCCUCAUCGUCCGCUGCUUCCGCAUCUUGCUGGACCCGUACCGCAGCAUGCCCACCUCCACCUGGGCCGACGGCCUGGACGGCCUGGAGAAGGGCCAGUUCGACUACACCCUGGCAUAGGGCGAUGGACACUUGUGCGCAUGCACGCACGCACGCACACACACACACACGCAGUGAAAUAUGCAGAGUUGCGGUGGCAACUUUGGCUGACAUCUGGAUUGGCUGGAGAGAAUGGUCAGUGUGAUCAGAUGCGGUGAUGUAGGAAUACAGACAUAUUGUACAAUGUGUAGAAUAGAAUGAAAUACACACACACACACACACACACACACACAGACACAUCCUGCAGUGUGGGGGUGUCCAGGGUGAAUGGUGUGGAAGGUACCAGAAGAUCUGGUUUGACACACCCACCCACAUGCACACGCUCACACACUGCAGGGAACUUGAUGUCUUCAAGGUUCACAGUCUUGACAGGCAAAAGACACGUAUAUUGAGUCGAAGCCUCUCCUACGCACUUUCUCCAGCUUGGUGUUGUUUACGCUGUGGACUGGUAAAGUCUUACACACACGCACAGACACGCACAGACACACACACACACGCACGCAUGGAAACACAAACACAUGGUUCCUGUACUGCGCCCCUCAAACAGAGUAGUCCGUGUCACAUGGCCUCAACGUUCAGGGCGACAGCUUUGUCAGUGUCAACAUUUUGUCAACCCUCCUCACGGCAUCUUUCAAGUAGAUAACUAUGUCAAUCCCUGUCCUCUUCUUAGGUCACAAUGCCUCACCUUCUGGAACUAUGCCCACAUUGUGUCAGCCUCUGCUGUUCUAGGCUGCUAAGUUAUUCCACCUCAGAGAACUGGUACUAAUUGAACAUUUCGGUUCUGAGGUGGGACUAGAGACUUGAAAGUGACAGCUGUGUAAUUGCUGAAUGCCAAAUGUUGACCUAGCAUAGUGUAAUAAUGAGUAUUAUCAACCAAAACUUUCAGGGCACUGUCAUUUCUGCUGGUAAUUCAUUUAAAUUUACUGGACGUAUUUGCACAAGGUAUUCAAUUUAGUUAUGACAUUUUCAAUAGCUCAAGGUUACCUCUGUUUUCAUAGCGCAUAAGAUUACAGCUAUAUAUUUUUUUACCUUUAUUUGCGCAGGGAAUUUGAGACCUGUGUGUUGUUUGCAGCUGAGUCCUGUAUUCUAGCCAUUUUAAAUGUAAUUUAGUUUGGAUACACAUAACACAGAAACGAAUUGCACAGGUUAAGAAACGUGAUCACAAUUAACAGAGAAAAGGUGAUUGGACGCAGUUAAGAAGUCUUCAGAAUGGCGGCGUAGGUGUAACUUAAGCAAUUCAGGUCAAGUCAUUAUAUUUAAACCACACCCAGUCAUGUCAUUUCUUUAGUAAUAUUAUACUUUUUAUAGCCUGAAAAUGAGAACUACUCUCCAAUAAGCCAGAGCCAACUACACCUGUCUUAAUUUCAAGAGACUAAUGGUAGUCAGACUAUAUUUAUUCAGUCAUUUUAAAAUCUGCUUUAUGCUACAUUUAACAAUUUUCAUAUAUCCUGGCUUUGCAUUCAGCCAGUAAUUCUAAUAACUCCAAUUCAGUAAUAUUGUGCUAAUUUAUCUUAUCACCAUGAAUGAGCCAGUAAGAUGUUCUUUUGUGUAAUGACAGUCAUUUGUAUCUGUUAGACACAAUUGGCAAAGGUUAUUCAGAGACUGUUUCUAGAUUGUUGUUAUUGUAAAUCCCACUGCUACAAAUCAGUAAAAUGGCACAUAAUUAUACACAAAAUGUUAGAUUUUCAAUAAACUGCAUAGAGUGUUCUGAGUUGCAAGUGUGAACUGCUACUGGUUGCUAAGAUUCUUACUGUAAACCUUUUUAGCUAGCAAAAGCAACGGUAAUCUCACAAAAGCCACUGUUUCUCUCUGCACAGGUUCCUCAACGAAGUCAGUCGGUGGGCUAUUGUAAUGUAACAGUCCAUUUCAAAAGCAAAGAUCAUAUAUAUUAUUUCAUGUGUAAUCUACUCAGCAAUCAAAUGUUGACGUGUUAGCCAUGUACCUGAAAGGUGUUCAUUUUCCUGCGUUUUUUUUAAACUUCAGAUUGCACAAGACCAUUAAACACGCUUAUUUUUCAACUCAGCCUGGCAAAGGGGCUGGUGCAAAUUAUAUCAGCUGGUGUGAAGGUCUUUAAAAAAAAUAAAAAAUAAAGUGUGUUGUCUGAUGCUACACAAGGUAGGCUUUCUACAAUAAACGUGUCACCUGAGUAUGUUGAAAUGACUGAGUUACUGUUAAACAUACUCAUUUCUCAAAACUGACAUUGAAGCAGUGGCCUUUUCAAGCUGUGAAGUUUAACUCAGUCAGUAGAUUAGCCUGUGUAAGAAUGCACGGCACUAGUGACCAUUGAGCUACAACUGCAAUGUGGUGGUUGGUCGGAUUUUUGUCCACCAACUGAACAAAACACCUGCCUCCCAUUCAAUGUGAUGAUGUGUCUGUGAAUAAACU